AUGGCAGCUUCCUUGUGGCUGAGCUGCGGCAGCAGGGGGGCGGUGAGGAUGCUGUUGGGGGGGAGGCCCGUUCUGGGCACUGGCGUGUCUUUACUCGCUCGAGGAGGCUGGAGGCGUCUUCACGAGACCGGAAAGCUACGGGGUACACCUGGUAUUAAAGUUCUCAUGCCUGCGCUUUCUCCUACAAUGGAAGAAGGAAACAUUGUGAAAUGGUUGAAAAAGGAAGGUGAAACAGUGAAUGCUGGAGAUGCAUUGUGUGAAAUUGAAACAGACAAAGCAGUGAUUACCAUGGAAUCAAGUGAUGAUGGCAUAUUGGCUAAAAUACUGGUGGAAGAAGGAAGCAAAAAUGUACGCUUGGGCUCACUAAUCUGUCUGCUGGUAGAGGAAGGACAGGACUGGAAACAAGUUGAAAUACCAGCUGAUGGUAGUGAUCCCUCUUCUCUGGCUCCACCAGCACCUGUGCUUACCCCAGCACCUGCAGGUCCUUCAGUUUCAGCCCCUCCUAAACUGGAACAUCCACCUGGAAAAUUGCAGGUUCGCUUAAGUCCCGCAGCUCGCAACAUUCUGGAAACAUAUGGACUAGAUCCAAGCAAUAUUACACCUUCUGGGCCUCGAGGAAUCUUCACUAAAGAGGAUGCUCUCAAACUUCUGCAAGAGAAGCACAAGGGCAAAACCAGUGAAAUGAAACCUUUGGUUUCUCCAGCUCCUCCUCAGCCUACUGCAGUGGCUUCUGCUUUGCAAGCAACAGCUGUGACUUCUGCUUAUCCAAGGCCAGCUGUUCCACCAGUUUCCACACCAGGACAACCUGCUGCACUGGGCACAUUCACAGAAAUCCCAGCUAGCAACAUCCGAAGAGUUAUUGCCAAGAGAUUAACAGAGUCUAAAACUACUAUACCUCAUGCAUAUGCUGCUACUGACUGUGACAUUGAUGCUAUUUUGAGAUUAAGAAAAGAAUUGGCCAAAGAUGACAUUAAAGUAUCUGUAAAUGACUUUAUUAUCAAGGCAACUGCAGUUACUCUGAAGCAAAUGCCAGAUGUGAAUGUAACCUGGGAUGGAGAAUUCUGCAGACAGCUGCAGUCCAUUGACAUUUCUAUUGCUGUGGCAACAGACCGAGGUCUCAUUACACCGAUCAUAAAAGAUGUUGCUGCCAAGGGAAUAAAGGAAAUUGCUGCCUCUGCAAAGGCUCUAGCAAAGAAAGCAAGAGAUGGAAAACUGUUACCGGAAGAGUACCAAGGAGGAUCUUUUAGUAUCUCCAAUCUGGGCAUGUUUGGUGUCAAUGAUUUCACUGCAGUCAUAAACCCUCCUCAGGCCUGCAUCCUGGCUGUGGGCCGAGCAAGACCAGAGCUCAAGAUUGUGGAAGAUGAAGAAGGGAAUGAGAAACUUAAGCUGCAUCAACUCAUGACAGUGACUCUUUCAAGUGAUGGUCGGGUGGUAGAUGAUGGACUGGCUUCAAAAUUUUUGGAGACCUUGAAAGCCAACAUAGAAAAUCCAAUGCGACUUGCCUUGUGUUAAACUCGGUGAAGAGUGCUUCUUGUUUUGACAACAUAGAUAACUGUUGUUUUUCUGUUUAGAGGAGUAAAUAGUUACUGUGAGAUGGAUAGUUAAAAUAUUUAAGUUACUGAAUUAACGUGCAAAACUAUUCAUUUUCAUGCUUUUAGUCUUUUGCAGUGA